AUGCCGGUUAUGAAGGGAUUACUGGCACCCCAGAACACCUUCCUCGACACCAUCGCCACCCGGUUUGACGGCACACAUAGUAACUUUAUCCUUGCAAAUGCUCAGGUGGCUAAGGGAUUUCCCAUCGUUUACUGCUCUGAUGGCUUCUGUGAGCUUGCUGGAUUUGCACGGACUGAAGUCAUGCAGAAGAGCUGCAGCUGUAAAUUUUUACUUGGUGCUGAAACAAAUGAGCAGAUGAUUCUUCAAAUUGAGAAAUCGUUGGAGGAAAAGAUAGAAUUUAAAGGAGAAAUCAUGUUCUAUAAGAAGAAUGGGUCUUCAUUCUGGUGCUUACUGGAUAUUGUUCCUAUAAAGAAUGAAAAAGGAGAUGUAGUUCUCUUUCUGGCCUCUUUCAAAGAUAUAACAGACACAAAAGCGAAGAUUGCUGCAGAAGACAAAAAGGAAGAAAAAUGGAAAGGAAGAGGAAGAGCAGGAUCUCAUUUUGAGUCGGCACGUAGACGGAGUAGAGCUGUCCUUUAUCAUAUCUCUGGACAUCUACAAAGAAGAGAGAAGAACAAAUUAAAAAUUAAUAAUAAUGUUUUUGUAGAUAAACCAGCAUUUCCUGAAUACAAAGUUUCAGAUGCAAAAAAAUCCAAAUUCAUAUUGCUGCAUUUUAGCACUUUUAAAGCUGGCUGGGACUGGCUUAUUUUACUGGCAACGUUUUAUGUUGCUGUGACUGUACCUUACAAUGUUUCCUUUAUUGGCCAUGAUGAGCUGUCUACAACUCGAAGCACAACUGUCAGUGACAUUGCAGUGGAAAUUCUCUUUAUUAUCGAUAUUAUUUUAAAUUUCCGAACGACAUAUGUCAGCAAAUCUGGCCAAGUGAUAUUUGAAGCAAGAUCUAUUUGUAUCCACUAUGUGACUACAUGGUUUAUCAUUGACUUAAUUGCUGCACUUCCUUUUGAUCUUCUUUAUGCUUUCAACGUCACUGUGGUUUCCCUUGUCCACCUUCUGAAAACAGUGCGGCUUCUGCGCCUCUUGCGUCUCCUUCAGAAGCUGGAUCGUUACUCCCAGCACAGCACAAUCGUUCUCACGCUUCUCAUGUCCAUGUUUGCCUUGCUUGCUCACUGGAUGGCCUGCAUCUGGUAUGUCAUAGGGAAAAGGGAGAUGGAACAGAAUAACCCCCUUACUUGGGACAUAGGUUGGCUUCAUGAGCUAGGAAAACGAAUUGAAUCUCCUUAUUAUGAGAAUAAUACACUAGGAGGCCCAUCAAUCAGAAGUGCCUAUAUAGCUGCCCUGUAUUUCACUCUCAGCAGCCUCACCAGUGUUGGCUUUGGAAAUGUUUCAGCCAAUACCGAUGCUGAAAAGAUCUUCUCCAUUUGCACGAUGCUGAUUGGGGCUCUGAUGCAUGCCUUGGUGUUUGGCAAUGUGACUGCCAUAAUUCAGAGGAUGUACUCCAGAUGGUCCCUUUAUCACACAAGAACCAAGGAUUUGAAGGACUUUAUACGGGUCCAUCACCUGCCACAGCAGCUAAAGCAAAGGAUGCUUGAAUAUUUCCAAACCACAUGGUCUGUCAAUAAUGGAAUUGAUUCCAAUGAGCUUUUAAAAGACUUCCCAGACGAGCUGCGUUCAGAUAUCACCAUGCACUUGAACAAGGAGAUUUUGCAGCUCUCCCUUUUCGAGUGUGCCAGUCGUGGUUGCCUCAGGUCUCUGUCUCUGCACAUCAAAACCUCUUUCUGUGCUCCUGGGGAAUACCUCCUCCGGCAGGGAGAUGCCCUGCAAGCGAUCUACUUUGUGUGCUCAGGUUCCAUGGAAGUCCUGAAGGACAGCACUGUGCUGGCAAUCCUUGGUAAAGGAGAUUUAAUUGGAGCAAACCUAUCCAUUAGGGAUCAAGUUAUUAAAACAAACGCAGAUGUUAAAGCUCUAACAUACUGUGACCUCCAAUGUAUUAUACUCAAAGGUCUCUUUGAAGUGCUCGACCUUUACCCAGAGUAUGCUCACAAGUUUGUUGAAGACAUCCAGCAUGAUCUCACUUACAAUCUAAGAGAAGGCCAUGAAAGUGAUGUAAUAUCAAAAUUAUCCAACAAGCCUACACUAUCCCAGACAGAACUCAAGGGAAAUGGAAAUAUAAAGAAGAGACUCCCUUCAAUUGUGGAAGAUGAGGAUGAGGAAGAGGAGGGAGAAGAAGAAAGCAGCACCCUAUCAACAAUUGAUACACGAAGCACAAAUAGCACUCAGCAGAAGAAGACUGCAAGCAGUAAAAGCCACCUAGGGAGAAACUUGAAGCAGUUGGCCUCAGGAACUGUGCCCUUUCAUUCCCCCAUCCGCGCUUGCAGUUCAAACCCCUCAAGAGCCAAACAUGAAACAGAGCUCCAUUACUACUCCAGAAGGAAGGAGAAAAACCUUAAAUUGUACCUGUCAGCACUGACCACCAGUGGCCCACCAGAUCUGAGCCCAAGAAUUGUUGAUGGGAUUGAGGAUGGAACCCACAAUGAAGAAAGCCAAACCUUUGACUUCAGCUCUGAUCAGCUCAGGCAGGAAUCCAGGUUAUCUCCCACGACCGGAGAGGCUGAAAUUGGUGCUGCUGUGCUUGUCAUCAAAGCAGAAGAGACCAAACAGCAGAUCAGCAGGCUUAAUAAUGAGAUGACAACCUUAAGUCAAGAAGUCUCACAAUUACGUAAGGAUAUGAAGAAUGUGGUGCACCUUCUGGAAAACCUGCUCACAUCCCAGAAGCCUCCAGGACUCUGUGCUGUGCACAGCAUAUCUCGAAGUCCCACACUGGAUAGUCUGCAGUCUCGAGUGGCUUGGACUACACAUCAGCCUUGCUCACACAUGCAAGCUGGGAGCUUCACUUGCACCAAAGCACAACUUUGCCGUGGAAACACAUUAUGUGACAUUUGGAAUACAGAUCUGUCUUCUGUAGGCAGCAGUCCCCAAAGGACUGAACUCAACCUGCAAAAUUCUAUGGAUGGUGAACUUUAUUAUACAACAGGCCUUCAAAAUUCCCCUUCCCAGUAUCAGGUAAUUCAGAAAGACAAUCUGCAAUUUUUAAGAUGCACCUCUCCCCAUUCAGACACUACCCUGACUCCUCUUCAGUCUAUUUCAGCAACACUUUCUCCUUCAGUAUGCUCUUCAUCAGAGACAUCACUACACCUAGUGCUGCCCAGCAGAUCAGAGGAAGGGAGCUUUAGCCAAGGAGCAAUCAGUUCACUGAGCCUGGAGAACCUGCCAGGAUCGUGGGACCUGGAAGGAACAGUUGGGAUAACUUCUGCACAGACCCCAGAUUUCCCAAUAGACAUUGUGACAAGCACAAGGGAUGUUAAAGAUAAAGAUUGCCAAGCCAUAGACGUAUGA